AGGAUGAACGUAAAUGUCAAAGAUGGCGGCGGAGGGAGGAGGAGGGAAGGAGAUGAACGAGAUCAAGAGUCAAUUUAGCACGCGGGAAGGCGCGUAUAAACUCCUCACGCACUCUGAGUACAGUCGACCGAACCGCGUGCCCUUUAACUCUCAGGGCUCGAACCCCGUACGAGUGUCGUUCGUCAACGUCAACGAUCAGUCCGGUAACGGCGACAGAAUCUGCUUUAAUGUGGGCCGGGAGCUUUACUUUUACAUCUAUAAAGGCGUCAGGAAGGCUGCUGACUUGAGCAAGCCGAUAGACAAACGGAUAUACAAGGGAACACAGCCCACGUGUCAUGAUUUUAAUCAUCUCACGGCCACGGCGGAGAGCGUUUCCCUGCUCGUGGGCUUCUCCGCUGGGCAGGUCCAGCUCAUCGACCCCAUCAAGAAAGAGACCAGCAAACUCUUCAAUGAAGAAAGACUAAUAGACAAAUCUCGAGUAACCUGUGUCAAGUGGGUGCCGGGCUCCGAGAGUCUUUUUCUCGUCGCUCAUUCCAGCGGAAACAUAUACCUGUAUAAUGUGGAGCACACCUGCGGAACCACGGCUCCUCAUUACCAGCUCCUCAAGCAGGGCGAGAACUACGCCGUCCACACGUGCAAGAGCAAGUCCACGCGUAACCCUCUCCUCAAGUGGACGGUAGGGGAGGGGGCCUUGAACGAGUUUGCCUUUUCACCCGACGGGAAGUUCCUGGCUUGCGUGAGCCAGGACGGAUUCCUGCGGGUCUUCAACUUUGAUGCGGUGGAAUUGCACGGGACCAUGAAGAGCUACUUCGGGGGACUCCUCUGCGUGUGUUGGAGCCCGGACGGCAAGUACAUUGUAGCGGGCGGCGAGGACGAUCUGGUGACCGUCUGGUCAUUUACGGAGUGUCGGGUGAUCGCACGUGGACACGGACACAAGUCUUGGGUGAGCGUGGUGGCGUUCGACCACUACACCACUAGUGUGGAGGAGAGCGACCCCAUGGAGUUCAGCGGCAGUGACGAGGACUUUCAGGAUCAAAUCCACUUCGGUCGCGACCGGGCCAACAGCACGCAGUCACGGCUCUCCAAGCGCAAUUCCACGGACAGCCGGCCGGCGAGCGUGACAUACCGCUUCGGCUCUGUGGGGCAGGACACUCAGCUUUGCCUGUGGGACCUCACAGAGGAUAUUCUGUUUCCUCACCUGCCCCUGUCCCGAACCAGAACGCACACCAACGUCAUGAACACCGGUGGCGGCACCGGAGCUGCCGUCGUCAUCGCCGCCACCACGGCCACUAACUCCGGUGGCAACGCGGCGGGUGAUUCCCUCCCCGCGCCGCUGCCGCGCUCCAACAGCCUACCGCACUCGGCGGCCGGUGCCAGCAACAGCAAGAGCGGCGUGACGGAUAAUCCCGUCGCCACGGGCGUCAGCAAGUUCGCCACACUCUCGCUGCACGACCGCAAAGACCGGCACACGGACAAAGAUCACAAGCGGAACCACAGCAUGGGUCACAUCAGCAGCAAGAGCAGCGAUAAACUCAACCUUCUCACCAAAACCAAAACCGACCCGGCCAAAACGCUGGGCACGCAGCUCUGCCCGCGUAUGACAGACGUGCCCUUGCUCGAACCUCUCAUCUGUAAAAAGAUUGCACACGAGAGACUGACCGUUCUGAUCUUUCUAGAAGACUGUAUUGUCACCGCUUGUCAGGAGGGAUUUAUUUGCACGUGGGCGAGACCUGGCAAAGUGGGUUUAUUGACAUCGCAGAAUCAAGCGAACUCGCCCAGCGGAACUGUCGUAUAGCUGCUAAGAGUCACAUCACGCCACUCUUUUCUCUCGGUUCAUUCUGCCGGCCCGUGAACGUU